AUGCCUAUGAAACUGCCGAAGAGCUUUACCAGGCGAAAAUCGUCCGGCAACGUUCUAGAAGACGAAACCCCUCACCAAUCCUCCUUUCGAGUCUUCGAGCGCCCGGGGCCUCAUCGAUCUAUGACGGAUGGAGCGGUGCUGACGAAGCCGCUGAGCGAAGGCAAUGCGGUGCCGUCGAUGGAGGAUUCUGAUAACAUCUUUGCCGAAAGGGAGCGACCCCUGGAAAAGAGCCGGUAUGAUCGUCCUUCGACCAUGGAUUCCCUCAGGAGACGGCUGACUGGGAACCGUGAUGUUAGCUACUACGAAAGUUCUACGUCAACCCGGCUAAGCUCGUCGUCCACCCUCCCAUCAUCGACCGAGGUCCCGCCCGACGAGACCCUAUCCCCACAUUCCAGAAUACAUGAUGUUCCAGCUCCACCACACCUUAGCAGUGCACUGCGCGCCGCAGGACGAACUUUCUCGUUCGGCGGUCGAUUCAGCAAGUCAACACCACAAGUUCCGCGUCAACAAACACCCGAUACCGCCAAGCGCCCGGUGACGGGCAGCACCGACAGCACGGCCACUCCGCCCAAGCUGCCCGAUACGGAUUUCGCCCUUAGUUCGCAGGAUGAUUUCAAUAAGAUGUUCGACAAUAUGGGUACCCGAGAGGGUUCGGCAAUGCGGGGUUCAUCCCCCAAACCGGCCAAGUACUCCUCGUCUCCCCCGACCCAUGCUCUGCCCGAGUUCCAAAGCAGCAGAGCUGCUGCACCCUCCGCUAUUAAUACAGAUCGAUCGGCUACUGUCGAGUCACCCCCUUACUCCUGGGAUCGCCGCCCCUCCGAAGAGGGCUUGCUUCGUGGCCCGCAUUCCCCACCGCUGAACCAGAGCCAGUCUACCCUCGAUACAGUUGUUGGCUCCCGGAAGCUUUCGCCCUCACCCAAUGAUUUUACCGCGGCCACUACUUCACAUCGUUCCUUGGAGCGCCCGCAGGGACCGGAGAGAGCAGGACUGCGGAGGAGUGGGGUAUAUUCGCCCAAGGGGGAAUCCGCACCCUUUGAUGACGAAGAUGCCAAACUGGUCCGACAAUCUGUCUUGUGGAGCAAGGACAGCACUUCACCAUGGGCUGAGCAUAGCCCAUCUGGGGAAACCCCGUUGCUUGAUAAGGGCAAAGCACCCAAUCACUCUGGCCAACUGAACCCCGAAUCUGAUAAUAUGUUCCAUUACCACCGUUCGCCCGCUCCGGCCGACAGAUUAGAGCCCUCCAUUGCGGAUCACGCGCGGUUGGCUGUGCAGUAUGCGGACAGUCUCCCCAAAUCAACUUCUCCGGGUAACAAGGUGAUGACUCCAUCCCAGUUUGAGCACUAUCGCCAGCAGCAAGAACUUCGACGUUCCAAUAGCAAUGCGACUAAGAGCGAGCAUGAGUCCGAUAAUGAGGAGUUUGACGAUGAAGAAGACGAAGUGGAGAAGCAACGUGAGACGGAACGCCAACGACGAAAGCAGGAGGCUCAUCUCUCUGUGUAUCGUCAGCAGAUGAUGAAGAUCACAGGUCAACAAGCACCCGUGCAAUCGCUACGUCCAGUAAUGAGUGGAGGUAGCAGCAGCACGGUCAAUCUGCACCCCAGUCGCCUGUCUGUGCUAGGCGAGAAGUCCACUAGUGGGAAGAGCAGCGAGGAAGAGGAUGACGAUGUGCCGCUUGGUAUUUUGGCCGCCCACGGUUUCCCCGGUCAGAACCGCCCACCAACCCGUCUGAACAAUGUCAGCUCCAAUCCCAACCUUCGUGCAUCCAUGCAACCGCCAUAUAUAUCAUCUUCCAACUCUGUUUCGGGUGACCCCAACGGCAGCCGUGUCAGUCUGCCACCUUUCGCAAGGAACUUGCCGCGAGACCCUUACUUCGGUGCAGGUCUGGUCAACAACCCCAACCGUGAAUCGUUAGCCUUCGGAGGUGGUUCGGUAUAUGGAGGAUCUUCGUCCCCAGCACAUCCCCCUGGAGGUCUUGUCGGCGUUAUAGCAAAUGAGGAGCGGGCGCGAGCGAUGCGCAGAGGAAGCCCGAACACACAAGCAAUGCACGAUAUGGGAGGAGUGCCUCGGCCAUACUCGCAGCAGCAGCAAAACUUCAACCCCGGGGAACAAGCUUCUAUCCAGCUAUCGCAGCAGAUGACCAACAUGAUGCAGAUGCAGAUGCAGUGGAUGCAGCAAAUGAUGCAAAUGCAAGGUGGACAGGGUCAGCCUAUGAUGCAAGGCAUGCCUAUGCCUCCUAUGAUGAUGCCCGGUGGAGCGAUGGGCAUGCCACCCAUGGGCCCUCCGUCUAUAGCAGGACCCCAUUCCAUGGGGGGUAACCCGAACUUCCGGCCGAUGUCCAUGCCUGCAGGAUCCGUUCUCAAUAUGCCGCCCUCGCUCCCACCCAACCUGGAUCAGCGUACGAUGAGCAUGCUGGACCCCAACAUUUCAACUCGUCGAACUGGCUCGCCUAUGCCGAAUCUGUCCGGCACUCCAUUCCGCCCCAACACCGGAUACGCCGCUUCAAUCGCUCCAUCGGAGCGCAGCACCGCUGGCAUGGCGCCUCGUUAUCGACCAGUGUCAGUCAUGCAGCCCGAAUCGAAUUACGCAGUGGCCUCCUCAAACAAGCCCUUUGGUGAUGAAAACCACAGCCCAUCCAUGCCGAUGCCUCAAUCUCACAUUCCGAAAUCGCAUCUCGCUACUGUGACCGUCCGCCCCGUUUCCCGGAGCGCUGGCCCUGUAAAUGGAAAGCCCGGCUCUGAUGACGAUGACGACGACGAGGCCUGGGCUGACAUGGUGAAGAAGCGUGAAAAGAAGAAGAGCAGCUGGAAGAUGAAGCGAUCGACCUCUUCGUUUGGGGAUCUGCUGAGCGCCGUGCACUAA